CUCUCCCCGGCCCCGCGGGCGCGCCUGGAGUGCGGCUGGCCCAUCCGGCGCUGGCGGCGCGUGUGGCGGCGGCGGCGGGCGGCCUCUGGAGACUGGAGCUGGCCGGGGGCGAGGCGCCCCACGCCGCCCCCGCCGCGGCGGCGGCCCCGCCCGGCCCGAUCUGCCCGGCGCCGCUGGAGUGGGGCUGCAUCGCAGGCCUCCAAGGCUGCCCCGAUUGCCCCGAGGCACCCGCCUGCCCGCAUGGCCCGAGCUGCCCAGAGGCUGCGGCGGCCGAGUCAGGCGUGCCAGGGCAGGCGGGCGGCGCACCUGCUGGCCUGUGGGCUCUGGCGCGCGGCGGUCGGGGUGCGUGCAGGAGCGGGCCAGGAGGCCGACGGCGAGGCGCACGGCCAGCGGAGCUCGUACAGCUCGGAAUGUCCCGGCUGAUGUUCGAGGAGGGCGUGGCGUGGCGGAUUGAUCUGAUGGGUGGGCAAACGAUCGGAGUGCAGUGCCUAGGCGACGAAGUGGACCAAGAACGGUUGUUACUGCACCCGUGCUCGGCGAACCAGGAUCGCUGGUAUACUCUCACCCCCGACCUGGAUCAGUACGUGGAGGCCGUGACGAUUGGGCCCGACGCCCACAUCACGAGAACGUAUCCCUGUCCCGACGACGGCUCAAAAGCUGGCCCUCGAGGAAAGUGUACCGGAUCCGUGUUUUACCCGAGCCAGGACGAGCUGGUGGACAUGCUCAGCGUGGACACCGAACCGCCGUGGAGGGGUGCGAGGGCACCGCUCCGCCUGUCCUUGAGAAAGUGUUCCUGCCGACGGGCGAGGAGGUUGCCAUCAGGGAACUGGUGUUUGGCUGGCCCGCACCCGCGCGCCGCGCGCGCGGGAAGCAGGGCGCGGCUGACGGCGGCGGCGGCGGGGUGGCUCCCCCGCCGGGCCUGAGGGCCAGCUCGACGCCGAGCGCCCACUGGGGGGCUUCGGCUGGUACGCGAUGGGCUACGGCGGCGAGUUCUCUCUAGGCGACGAGGUCGAUGUGCGCGGUUGGCGCGGCGUGCGAGCUGGGCCCAAAGACAUGCUCGCGUUGGAUGGCCUUUGCUGCGUCCACUGCUGGUUGGCGAAGCCCGAGAGUGUCCCCGACCUAGUCAGGAGUGAGCGUUACCGCUGGGCUGCGGGCGCUGGCGACGCGGUGGACGGCGCCGCCACCCCGCCCGCGGCCGCCGCUCCGGCCGCCGAGGCCGUGGAAGCUGUGGCGCCCAGGGCCGAGCGCGGGCAGAUGGGCCCGUCGGACGAGGCGCUGCGGGAGUCGCUGGGCCUGGAGACUGACGAGACGACCGCCAAGAAGGACAUCGACACCGCCGCGGACAUCAGCACCUUGUGGGUCGAUUACGACAACCAGGGGGAGAGGUACAAGUCAUGGCGAGACAUGAUUCGAGAGAGCUCGCAGGAGGCCUUCCCCGACACGCCCCUAGAGGGGCCGGGCGCGAAGCCCGAUGCAGUGGCUUCUCGUACAUGUGGCUGAGGGAGCGCAAGAUCAACGGGUCGGGUCGGACGUGCUACGAGAUGAAGGUCUUGUGCGAUGCCCUCUACUUUGCCUGGGCGCACGACCGGCUGAACGUCGGCGCUCUCGCCUCGCUGGAGAUGCUCAGCCGCAGGAUCCAGAUCAUCAUCGGUGCCAACUCGAACCGUCGGGUCCACACGUGAUGCUUUUUCUUUCGUGCAAUGCUACGCUCAUGCCACGCGUGCUUCUUCGCAACUCCUGGCUGACGCGCGCGCUUUCCAGGAGUGUGCGCUUCUUUCUCGAUGUCACCUCCCUGGCAUCCGAAUUGUCUCUUUGGCGCCAACCGCUUUCCAAGGCACGGCUCACGUGGCCCCUCCCACGCUUGCCUGCGUAGUUUCGGGAAUUGCGCCCCUGGUGAGGGGCCGCCCGUCCGAGGGUCUCUGGCACGGGUCUCCAUGUGUGGGCCUGGCCCCGUGACACUCCCAGCCGCUGCGCCUACGUGUUCUGCUCAGGCCCCACCUGCUUGGAAGAAGGUCUUCUCUGCCCCGUUCCCCUACCUACGCUCUGCCUAGAAGGGUUCUUACUCGGUGUGCUUAAUGGGCCGGGCAGUGGUCCACGCCCCGGGCGCAUAACAUAGCAACUAGUGCUGGCUUCCUAGGGUCUCCAACUUCUAGGUAGGGUCGCACUGGGGUGCUUAUUAUCUCGGCCUUUUUGAGCGGUGGCUGACUUGUCUGGCCGCCCACGCGACCCUGUCGAGGAGCUGGGCCCUUUUCCCCAUCGGAGGGGCCUAGUGAGCAGCAGAGGUGAAGUGGCCAGAUGCUGUUAAAGAACAGAUGGGAGGCCUCUAGGCAACCAGGCAUGGGCUUCGCCCCCAGUGGGCAGAGCCGACGCCCUGCCGCAGCGAAAAGCUAGCCAGCGCAGUGCCCCGACGCAGUGUGCGCGGACCCUCGCCCCCCCCGGCUCCGCGGGCCAACGAAGCGCAAACGUGGACGCAGUCGCGCGGAUUUGUGACGAUCUUGUUUCCACGAAAAUCGGUGCGCUCCGACGCCGAGCCUGGCGGCAUCAUCGUCAUGUUUCGGGGCUGUUUUCCCCGAUCCGUGAAUGAGGCGCCCACGCGCCGAAUCCGCGGAUCCCUGAUCCAUGCUAGCGUGUGCCCGCGUGCCCGAGAAAGAGUCGUGGCGGCCCGGUUUUCCACCUCCGGUGGCUGGCCCCUCUUCGGGCUUUUUGGGGCCGCCAGGGUGUGGAGCGGGAA